AACAAAAACAAUUUUAAGGAAAUAUGGAAUAUGGAUAAUAAAAGAAGAAUUCAACUUACCUUUUUCUCCUCUAACUUGGUCCAUCUUUCUGUCCCUAUCAUGCAGCAGUUCAAAAACAACAGUAUUAAGGAGUGUGUCUGAAUGAGGAGAUGUCUGUUUAAAAACCAACGAUUCAUGGAUUCAUGGACAACAGUGUUUUUAUUUUUGACCAUGCUGCUGUUUCCCAGGUAGGAUAAUAUUUGACCACUGCAAUGUACCUGGAAGAAUACCAGACAGAGAAGUAGAUAAGGAGCUGUUGAGUUUGGAAAUUCAUUUGAAGCUCCACAAACCUGCUACAUCUGCUGCUGCUGUGUAUUGACUCAGUAGGAAGUAUGAAGUACUUUAUUUUCUUGGCCCUCUUUGCUGCAACAUAUACAGCUCCUGUCCAGGAUGACAAGAUUGUUGGAGGCUAUGAGUGCAGGAAGAACUCUGUGCCUUAUCAAGUGUAUCUGAGGAGAUCCGUGGGCUUCGGCUAUUGUGCAGGUGCCUUGAUCUCCAGGACCUGGGUUGUGGUUCCUGCUCACUGCCCCGACAACAAUAUGAAGGUGCACCUUGGUGAGCACGACCAUAGUGUCGAUGAGGGCACAGAGCAAAUCAUCGACGCUGAGAAGUUCAUCAAACACCCCGAUUUCAUCCGCGACAGCCAGAACGACCUGAACGACAACGACAUCAUGUUGAUCAAGCUCAGCAAACCUGCCACCCUCAACAACUACGUCCGCACCGUGUCCCUGCCCACCAGCUGUGCUGUCGCUGGCACCAAAUGUCUCAUCUCUGGAUGGGGCAAAAGUCAGCAAAACACAGAAAACAUAUCUGGAAAACACUUUGGUCAAGGAUGGAGUGAUAGUAAUAUUUACAUGUUUUCUUCUUCAUUUAAAGACAACUACUCUGAUCCUCUGAUGUGCCUGGAUGUCCCCAUCCUGAGUGACACAAGCUGCAACUCCUCCUUCCCCGGACUGAUCAGCUCCAACAUGUUCUGUGCAGAAUCCAUCGAGGAAGACCCAAACUUCUGCAUGAGGGACUUUGAUACCCCACUGGUGUGCAAUGGUCAGCUCCAGGGUUUGUGGUCCUGGGGUCAAGACUGUGUCUGGGGGAACACACCUGGAGUUUACACCAAGGUCUGCAAAUUCACCUCCUGGAUCCGGGAAAUCAUGAUUUCCGAAUGAAAGGAAAUGAAUCACUUCAACAUUAAUCUCAAGAAAUUAUGAAAGCACUUUGAAAUGAAUAAAUGACCAACCUGA